AUGGCAACGUCUUCUUCAGACUCGGAGGACUGCAGGUUCGAGUCGGACCUCGACCCAAACACAGACAUCGACAAUGGGGACCACUCAGAGGAUGGAGGCACCGGUACUGAGCUUGGAAACUCCAGCAAAGCCGCCAAGCCGGCGAAAAUCUCCCACCGAACUCCCGAAGACACCUUGAUGGAGGUCCCAGGCAGCCUGAUGGCCCUCCAGAUCAACGGUGUACUAGAGGAUGCGCUGGCAGACUCCGCCCUGGUGGGGCCCGGCCUGAGCCAGUACCUGGAGGCUCUGUCGGAACACCUGGCGACUGCGACGCCAACCCAGGCCGACAGCAGGGCCUUCAUGGAGUCUGUGCAGCUGCUGCUUGCGGCCAUGAGCUUUCUCCCAGGCAACCGACCCUUCAAGUACCAGGCACCCACUUCGGUUCGCGCGAUUGGACCAGCCGCUCUGGAGUGCGUUUUGUUGGGGGAGGGAGGCGUGCUCAGCGUCGACGUGGCGCUCGAGAUACCGGCCUCCUGCUUUGACGACAAGGACCAGCUGAACAACCGGUACCAUGCAAAGAGAGCGCUGUACCUUGCCGAAGUCGCGGCCAGGCUGCAACGCCACCCGUCCACAGGGUCCAUCGCAUGGGAGGCCGGCAGCGACCCGCGCCGCCCUUUCCUCGCGCUGCAACCAGCGGCCACUACAGGCCUGGGCGGCCUGACGCUGCGCCUGCACGCCGUGCCCGCGGAGGGCACGUUCCCCCUUUCCAAACUGGCCCCGCACCGGAACAACCUGAGGGGCGUGGUCGGAGCGGACGGCCAGCCGGCUCCCACGCCCCACUACAACCACAGCAUCCUCGAGGACCUGCUGCUGCUGAGGCAGAUCGCCGAGGUGACCGAGGAAGCAGCCAGGAACCCGGCCCUGCGCUCGGCCCUCGCCCUGCUGCUGGUCUGGGCCCGGGCACACUCGCUGGACGAGGGUGCCGACGGCCUGAGCCCUGGCUUCCUCGUCCAGCUGCUGCUCUACACCGCUGCCAAGAGCUCGCUGCCGUCGGCCCUGGACCUGGUGCGGGCGGCGCUGGUGACGCUGUCCUCCAGCAGGAAGCUGCACGCCGGCGCGGGGCUGACGGACGUCGAGGGCUCCCGCGCCUUCCGCGCCUUCUGGGGCGACGAGCGCGCGGAGCUGCGCCGCUUCCAGGACGGGCGCAUUGCCGAGGCGGUGGUGUGGACGAAAAGCGGCGGCGCCAAGGGCUCUGACACCGCCCCUCCGCCCCGACAUGCGAUCGUGGACGCGGCGCUGGCGCAUGCUUUGCCCCGCCACAUCCCCGGGGCGCGCGUGUCGCGUGCCUCGGCGACGCUCCUGGAUGCGGCGCUGGGCGGGGAGGCGGAGGAGGCCGCGGCCGUGCGCGGCGUGGCGGCCGCCGCCGAGCGACUGGGCAAGCAGCUGCGCGGGCUGACGGGCACGGUGCUGCGCGUGGUUGCCACACAGGCGCUGGACCCGGCGACGCGUGGCGCGGCGCUGCGCGCGCCGCGCCCGCACCCGCUGGCGGGGAGCGGCGUGCAGGGCGACGCGGGCGCGGCGCUGCCGCGUUGUCUGCGCCCGCUGCCCCUGCUCUGCUCCGUGGAGGGCAGCGGGCGCUGGCCGGCGGCGCCCGAGGCCUUCCGCGUGGCCAAGGCGGCGCUGGCCUGCCAGCUGGCGACCGCGCUGGCGGGCGCGCACGGGUUGCACGCCGAGGCGCGCGCCGACGCGAGCAUAGAGGUCCUGGCCCACGGCCACGCCUUCCUCCUGCACCUGGCCACGGACCGGGACGCCGUCAUGCGUGAGGCGGAGCGCGCGGAGCGUGGCGCCGCACACCAGGGCGCCGAGGAGGAGAGCGCGGAGGAGGACCCCGACCAGGCGCUGCUCGUCUCGCACCAGGGCUUCGUGGGCGGGCUGGCCGCGGAGCACCCGGCCUUCACGCCCGCCGUGCGCCUGGCCAAGGCCUGGGUGGCACGGCACCUGCUCAGCAACCACCUGGGCGAGGAGGCGGUGGAGCUGCUGGUGGCCGCGGCCUUCGUCGGCCCCACGCGCCCCAUGGAAGGCACGCCCGCCUCCCGGCUGUCCGGCUUCCUCUCCUUCCUGCACAUCCUGUCGGAGCAUCCGUGGAGCGUCGCCCCGCUGGCGGUGGUAGCGCUGGGGCCAGGGGGACACCUCCCCGCCGCCUGCCGCUCGCCGGCGCACCCGCUCAGCCUGCUGGUGCUGGACGGGGAAGCGGCCGUGCACAGCCCUUGGACCGCGCACCGGCCCACUGCCCCCGUGGUGCGGCGGCUGGGCGUGCUGGCGCGGCGCGCGCGCGCUGCGCUGCACGCCUCCCUGGUGCGCGGCGAGGCGGGCGUCGACGCCUGCGCCGCCGUCUUCUCGCGCGAGCUGCACGAGUGCGACGCCCUGCUGCGCCUGCGCCCCGACGCGCUGCCCGCGCCAGGUGGCGGCCUGGAGGGGGCGGAGGAGCGGGAGAGCCCGGCCGGGUCUGCAACCACCCGCACCGUCCUGGAGGCUGAGUGCGCGGCGUUGAGGACGCGCGCCUCGCGCGCCGUGCUCAGCGGCAUCCCCUAUGCGGUGGUGGCGAGGCGCGGGGCCGCCGCCGUUCGCCGUGAAUUGCUGGUGGGCUUGGACCCCGUAGCGGCCUUUGUCCGGCGGCUACAGGCGCGCCUGGACCCCGUGGCCGUGGUCCUGGCCGAUUUGACACCGGGGGCGGGCGUGGUCGUGGAGCGCGUCCUGGUGGACACGGGCGGUGAGAAUGGGGUAAACUGCCACACCCUAGAGGAGGCGCAGGGAGCCCCGAUCGCCAAGCGGCCCAAGACCAUGAACGGGCACAGGGACUAG